UCCUAAAGCAGUUCGGUUGACAGAAAAAGUUCCAGGUAGAUAAUCGCUGAGUAAUAGAACAAUGGGGAUGCUCAGACCUGUUAACACCAGUAAAGAGUUAUUUUCAAAGAUGUAAUUUCCUGAAUUCUUUGCUUAGCUCUGAGGACACUCAGUUUAUCUGGGCUUCGUUAGAUCCCCAAACCCCCUUUCCUUUCUUUUAAGACCAUGAACAGAUGAAGUAGGAGCAAGCAGCCUUCUCCUGGCUGUGCAGGCCGUGUUUUUCCCAGCUGUGGCCGAAUGACAUCUCUUCAUCAUUAGUGUGGCAGAGCAGGAAGGCAGGCCGGCCUUGCCUUGCCAUCAGCACAGCCCUCCACCCCCAGCUGGCCCCACUUUCCCCAUCAAUUAGCUCCCCAGGUAAGAUAAAAGCAGGGCAGAGGCACAGGUAGGGCUGACCCUCCAGCGGCGAUAACCAUGGACAGCUUUGUCUGUUCUCCCUUCAGCACGUACCAGAACUUCAGGAGCAGCCCCACGCUCGGCCGCGGCUGGGACACUGCGGCCAAGCAGCCCAGCUGGAAGCAGAACAAGAGCGGCGGCAUCAGCCCUUUCCUGGGGGGGCCCUUCACGCCGCUGCCCUCGGAAUACCUGGACAGCUACCGGCGGGCGCAGCUGCAGCCCGCGGGGGCCGCGCUGCCGCCGCGCCAGGAGCCCGUGGGGACGCGGCGCGACGAGACCGCGACUCCCCGGCAGAGAGCUGCCUUCCAGUUCUUGGAGCAGAAGUAUGGCUAUUUCCACUGCAAAGACUGCAAGACCAGAUGGGAGAGUGCUUACGUGUGGUGCAUUUCUGGAAGCAACAAGGUGUACUUCAAGCAGCUCUGUCGCAAAUGCCAAAAGGGCUUUAAUCCCUAUCGAGUGGAAGCAAUCCAGUGCCAGAUCUGCUCCAAGACUCGUUGUUCUUGCCCUCAGAGGAAGAGACAUAUUGAUCUCAAGAGACCUCAUCGCCAAGAACUCUGUGGCCGCUGCAGAGGCAAAAGGCUGUCCUGUGAUAGCACUUACAGCUUCAAAUACAUUGUCUGAUCCACCAGCCCUCUUCUGCUUUGUGCUUUGCACUUUGUCUAUUGCGAUGUUUUGACUUAAGGCUUUUGACCUGGCAUUGGAUAAUGGAUGAAGACUUAAAUAUUAUUGUAAAGUAUAAUAACCUAAGUAUGUAAUUUCACUGUAUAUGUGCUGUAAAUAAAGUUGAAUAAA